GUCCAACAGCGGAUGGUUACAUCAAUAUUGCCAUCGUAUUUUGCAUUUUGGGAUUGAAACGGAUGGGAAACAUUUAUCCAGUUUUAGAUUUCGUUUUGUGUCGGUGACGUGAAUAAUGCAGUGAUAGUGUCAUGAAGUGGUAGCUUUGUCUAUGUUGCUGAAAAAGAGCAUAUCUUACUAAGGCUAACGUUUAUUAACAUACGUUGAGCUCCAUAGCUAGCCCAACUCUCAUCUGAGCUACCGACAUCAAGACACCAUGUCAAAGGAGGAUGCCCAUCCGGAAUGUGGAGGAGAAGAUGAGUCAAAGAUGAAGAGCAUGCUAGAUGCUUCUGAGGAAACUGUGAGGAAAAGGGUCCGUGCAAAUACUCCAAGCCCAAACAGAGGGAAAACUCAAGCAAGUCCUCCCCCAUUUGUCUCUGUGGAGGAACUGAUGGAGACUGCUAAAGGUGUCACAAAUAUGGCUCUGGCUCAUGAGAUAAUGGUCAACCAAGCUUUUCAAGUCAAACCUUUGGAGCUUCCUGAGGGGAGUUUGGAGCACAGAGUGAAGGAAAUCAUGCACAAAGCUUUCUGGGAUUGUUUGGAGGCUCAGUUAAAGGAAGAUCCGCCAGUAUAUGAACAUGCCAUUAAACUGCUGGCUGAGAUAAAAGAGACGCUAUUGUGUUUCUUGCUACCGGGCCAAGGAAGUCUUCGCUCUCGUAUAGAGGAGGUUUUUGACCUGCCUCUAUUACACCAGCAGGCUAGCAAUGGAGUACUUGACAUCCGUCAACUAUCUCAUUUCAUCAUUGGGAUGAUGGGUUCGCUGUGUGCCCCUUGCCGAGAUGAGGACAUCAAUAAACUUAAGAAGAUCACUGAUGUUAUUCCUCUACUUAAGGCAAUAUUUUCUGUGCUGGACAUGAUGAAAAUGGACAUGGCCAACUUUGCUCUGAGCAGCAUCAGGCCUCAUCUGAUGCAGCAAUCAGCUGAGUAUGAGAGGAGCAAAUUCCAGGAAUUUUUGGAGAAGCAACCUAAUGCCUUGGACUACACUGAGAAGUGGCUUGAGAACUCUGUUAGAUCACUGGGAGAGGCCAGGGAAAUGAGCUCUAAUGUAGCUUCCUGUGGCCCUCUCUCACUUAGUACACUUGAUGUUCAUAAUCAUGCCUAUCUACUCUUGCUGAGGUGGGACCACGCCUCCGACCCAUUCCCAGAGACAGUGUUGAUGGAUCAGGUUCGGUUCCAGGAGAUGCAGAAGGAGGCUGAGCAAUUAGUAUUGCUCUCCUCUGUGCUCCUCGUUGUCUAUACAUCCACAGGAGAAGCAAUCUCGGGCCUGCCAGGGUUUAUUGAGUCUCUUAAAAACACUAUCAGUGUCAUGCUUGCAAACAUGCAUAGUCCGUCAUUUAGUUUACAGGAGGCCUUAGCUACUAUUGGGGAGAAACUGUGUGCUGAUCUGAACCAGUGUUUGAGUCAACGUGGAUACUCCCCCUUCUCAGCUGAACAACAGAACACUUUGAAGGGACAAAUCUCCGCCAUCAUUCAGCCAGACAACACAGUCCGGAAACUGAUAGACUCUCGAGUUCAGAGCUAUCUCCUGGCUUCCCUUGAGUCAGGUCAUCAUAAAGCACCACCUCUCCCAGGAGGUCUGACUCCAGUCAGCAGGGAGCUGAAAGAGCUUGCUGUUCGCUUCAGUCGCCUUGUGAACUUCAACAAGCUUGUCUUCUCCCCAUUCUACCAAAAGAUUCUCCAUAAAAUACUAACAGCAGGGGAGAGUCCCAGUGCAGACACAUAAACAAUGAGUCAGAAAGAUCUGUCUGUUCUCAUAUUUACCUGUCAUUAGUAAAAUUGAAUAUGAUGAGAAAGGUUUUAGGAAACUGAUCUGUGUUCAGAAACUAUAGUUAGCUCUCUGUAUUUGCACCUUAAACCACUGUAAUGAAAUAAAUAAUAAUUUAAAAUCACUUACUGCAUUAUAUUACUAUUUGACAAAUUAAAACCUCAGGUUCCAUACUGGUGACCUUGGUGACCUUAACAAGCAUUGGGAUUAUGGAUUAAGGAUAUGAUUUAAAAGCGGGUUCAUUUUCAUGCCUAUAAACUGCUUUGAGUUGAUAUUUUACAUACCUUUUCUAAUGUGCUAUUUUAACUGUGCAUCAGUGUUAACUACAGUGCUUAAAUUUAUUAGACCACCCUUUCCCUAGCCAAAGUAAGGUUUAUGCCACAGCUGCCCUAAAUUAACAGCAUUGGU